AUGAACACUAAAAAUAACAUCACGGGCUAUUGCUCGAGAAGUUCAUCUUCGUCGUGGCAAGGCUCGACGCGGAGGUCAGGGCGCUCGGAUCGCUCACUGCGUGCCUCCCCAGGGCGGAGCGGCGGUCUCUCCGGUAGCCGAUCGCCUCACCGUAACCGUCGCCAGGGCAAUGGCCACCGCAACAAUGACCCCUUUCAUUACAACGACACGCUGCCCCCAAAUGCCGUGGGGAGCUCACGCCGGCCUCAGCCGAUGUCUGAGGAUGACGAGUACCACUCCUCUAAUGAGGCUCCGUUGGAGUCGAACUACAGCCACUCCAACGACAGGCGCACGAUGAAAUUGCGAGUGCGUAUUGAGGGUGCCAAGGACCUGGUUCCGGAUUCCCGCAUGACGCAAAGCCCACCAUCGACGUUUGUUACGGUGCAAACGAUGUACGGUCGAGGGAAAACACCUAUUAUAUACAGCAAUGCCAAUCCCCCGUUCAACGAUGAGUUUAUCUUCGAGGUGAGAAACCCUGACACGGAGGAAAUUACAGUCACUGUGGUUGCCGCUACGGGCGCGGGACGAAAAAAAUUAGGUCAGUGCGCGCUGGCGGUGGAGAAUCUCAUGCGGGGAAUGGAGCGACGUCAGUGGGUAGCGCUGGUGCGUCACCCGGGCACCGAACGCGCAUACGAGUGUGGCAUGAUAUUGGUCUCCCUCUACUCAGAGAGCUUUGGAACGAGCAUUUAUUCCUCCCCGCUCAAGGAGAAGGAGUUUCGUGACAACCUUCGCGCGCUGCUUAGAAGAGAUGCCCCUGAAGAGCUACACCGUCUUGAAUGGUACGUCGGCAAGUGUGUAGAAGACUAUGAUGGGGCCUAUGCGGCGCUCUUUGAGAAGUACCACAAACCGCAUUCUGAGCCUGCGGCGUUUCAGCUCACCAUCAACUCUGUUGCCAAUUUGACGAUGGAGAAUGGAUCCCCCACCACACGUGAGACGUGUUAUGUAAAGGUGACUUCAAGUCGUUCAAAGAAGGUUACCAAAAUGGUGCCAUACCACAGGCGAGCAUUUUUCAAUGAGACCUUUGAUAUGGUGCUAGACAACCCUAAAACCGAUUCCAUUUCUCUUGCCGUGUACUCUGCCAACCACAAAUUUGGCGAGUGUCUUGUAUCAUUGAAUGGCUUACGCCCGCGGGUACCAAAGGAGCGCACACACGACAUUGUAUACGCGGCGGGGACCGGGGAUGCAUGCUACUGCGGCACCAUUACAAUUGUUCUGCGUCCUAUUAAUUACGGCACGGAUUCACCUGUGAACGACGUGGAGGACAAGCGGAGACGCACUCGUCUAAGGAACUACUUGUGGAAGUACCUUCGCGACGACUUGCACCGCCUUGACCCCAUUGUGGCAUCUAUCGACAAUAUGGAUGCGUUCAUGCAGACGCUGGUGCGCGAGUAUGGGCCUGAGCCCCAUCCACACAUGAUGCGACUGCGCAUUCAACACUUUCGUCGUGAUAUCAAGGAGGAGCAAUUCAAAACAUAUGCCGUGGUUGUUCGCAUGGGGCCUGAAAUUCACCAAACAGCCGGGGUGCACUUCGCACAAGAUUUUAUCUUUAAUGAUGAGACGAUGCUUCCCGUCUCCACAGCCGAAAAAGGGGAACUUCUUUUUAUGGUGAUUGACGAGGCAGACAACAACGAUGUAGAAAUUGGGCGGGUCGUCAUGUCUCUCAAGAAUGUCGUUCGGGAGACGGUCUUUCAGCUUCCGCUGCAAGUUUAUCAAGAUGCCUUAACGACAGAUGCCAAGGUGGUGGGAACACUUUUUAUUGAGGGAAUUCUUCACGGAUAUGGCUUGAAGGAGGAGGUGGUCCCCCUGAGUAAGCAAAAAUACUUCCGUCAGCGCGUGCAGGCACUUUUGUCUCGCUACGACCCGGCUCAACUGCAUCGUGUGGAGUACCUUCUUGGAGAGAACGUGCAGCAAGAGGAGAGGCUUAUCAAGGAACUGACGGACACGUACGGUCCGGAAACAGGGUCUACGCCCAUGCGAAUUCGAAUUGUGAGCAUACGCGAUUUUAUUCCCGUGUGCCAGUGCUACGUCAAGGUGUACUUGGACGAUGCCUCGGUACUACGCACCAAAGACCAUUAUGCGGCCAAACUGUUGAUGUUUGACAUUGGCAUGAAAAACGAGAAGAUGGUGUCUAUUUCAAACCCGCUGCAUUCCAUGCUGCGAUUUAAGGUGUGCGAGCCUCGACGAUUGCGCUCAUCGCGUUUAUUAGGGGUUGCUGAGAUGAGCCUUCGCAACAUGGUGCGCGACGAGCCCAACUUCUGCUCACUGCCCAUCAUUGAUGAGGAGAGAAAUGAGGAGAUUGGCGUAUUAGGAGUAGAAGUACAGUCCCCGGGGUUUGUCAAGGGUACUGUGACGAUGUAUGAGGGGCCAAACAAUGGCACGGCGGGGGGGGCGCUGGAGGAAGUUACAAGAGAUGUUACCUCAUUGAUGAAGAAGUAUCGCCCACAGGAAGUUCUCCAUGUACAGCCCUUGAUAGCACAAUUCCCCUCAUUGAGGGAGGCUCAUCGAGAGCUACGGAAAAGGUUCGCCCCCGAUUUGGUUGAAUUUACGCUUUAUCUGCAUGUUGACAAAAUUACUAUGAUUCAGGAGUCGGACAAAAAUGCGCUGGAAAACGGCAACAUCUCCCUCUCUGCGUCCUUUUUAAAAGAGGAGGUGCGAUCGCGACUGAAGGUGGCCUGGGCGGAUCGAAUUGACACGUGUAAAUACUUUCCAGAAAUGCGCCUGGACAUUGCCUUUCCACGGGGCUCUGAAUCCUCACCAAGUGCGUACCCACUUGAAAUUGCUAUUUAUGGGACAUCCAUGCCAGCUGCCCAGGCGUCCGCGGUGUUGGCCAAGCGGAAUACCAUCAGCAACCGCCUUAUUUUGCCAGAAAAGGAGUUGGCUCGUGUUGCCUUGUCUCUUCGAGCUCUCUUAACCAAACGGGUGUACCGACUCGGUGAGGCAGUGACGGUGCCUCUUGUUCGUUCCUACCGCCAUACUGCGAUGGCAAGUGGCCCCUUGGGUGCUGGGGGCGUGGAGCCUCCCCUCAUCAUGGGCGAGAUGACGCUGCGCAUUACCACUCCCGCCUUUGAGAAGAUUCCACGUAGACUGCGAUUUAGCCAAACAGCGAUGCGCCGCUAUCAUCGUGGGUACGUCCGCUACUACGAAAAACGGAUCUCUUCUUUCUAUCGAGCCUACGACCCCUCCUCUUUGCUUGACUUUCACUUUAGGUUGUAUGAACGCGAUGUGGCGUCCGCCCGCUGGCCUCUCUCGCUCUAUGACUGGUUGAUGGCGCUCAUAAAACGAUACGGGCCGGAGCCGACCAUAAACUUUGGGCCUCCGCCAAAGCUUCCAUUUGACCCCGAAGCGGAGGAGGAGGAGCGGCGUCGGGAGGGUGGUAGGUCCACCAAUUUCUCACUCACCGAUCGGGAAGGGAGGAGGACGCCGUCGAGGAACCACUCACGCUCGCGUGGGCUUCGCGAGAGCCCUCAUCGUUCACUGUAA